AGAGCAAGAUACUGGGGUAUUUUCCGAAGGAGGUACGUCAGUUGGUCUGAACCAGUCAGCCCUGGCAUUCAACCAUCAUCACACCAGGAGCAAAAUGGAGACGUGGCAAUGAGUGAUGCCCACGUGGGCCCUGGAGUGAGAUACACCCCCUAUGCCAACCCAACCUACCGUCGGAGAGACAGUUUUCACAGAGGAGACCAAACCCGUGGUAACAUGGAAAGAGAGAGAAAACCUCCAGAGGGAGGAAUGGAGGGGAACAGGCAGGAAGGGACCUCCAGGACCUGGUUCAAGAUCACAAUUCCAUUUGGCAUAAAAUAUGAUGAGAAGUGGCUGCUGAAUUUGAUCCAGAGCCAAUGCAGUGUCCCCUUCAACCCGAUCAAGUUUCACUAUGAGAAAAUGCAGGCUCAGUUCUUUGUUGAGAAUGCCAGCACUGCCUUCGAGUUGAAGAAAGUCAGCGGCAAGAUUUGCAAUGAAGAUAACGAAAGUAUAUCUAUCUUUGUCAGCCCCUCUCCUGUACCCUACUUUGAGCAGAAGGAGCAAAAGUCAACAAAAGUGAAACUCAUAAAGAAGACCAAGAUCAAAGAAUAUGAAGUCCCCCAGCAAGCUCUUGACCUCCAGAGACUCCACUCAGACCCAGACGUGAUGAGCCAUGAUAUUGAAAUGGGGCCAAAUCUUAGAAACUGCAUGGCUGUCUCCCCACGGAUCCAUGAAGAGAACAUGCCCAAGGUGAAGUCUGAAGGGGAGUUGGACAAGGUGAAAGGGCUGGAGCCAGAAGAGAUGUGUGCGGACAGAAACCCUCUGUGCACCACCUUCCCAGAUAAGUCCACCAACAUAAGCUCCAUCCUGGAAUUGUUCCCCAAGUUAUUACGCCUGGAUGAUCAUGAGGUACCCCCAUCCAUUAUCUUUGGCAUUGAAGCCUACAAGAAGUUACCAGUCUGCAAGGGGAGUGUCUUUGGAUCUGAGACCCUGAAGAAUCUAAUCUUGCAAUUCCUGCAGCAAUACUACUGGAUCUAUGACUAUGGGGACCGGCAGGGUCUGCUGGUUGCUUACCAUGACGAGGCCUGCUUCUCGCUGACCAUUCCCUUCAACUCUGAGGACCCGGCUCCAAGCAGCUUGGGUGAGUACUCCAAGGGCAGCAGGAAUAUGAAGAAGCUCAAGGAUUCCAUUCUGCGGGUUCAGUUGCUGAAACACACAAAACGUGACAUUGUUGACUUCCUCAGUGUGUUGCCCAAAACCCAGCAUGACCUCAGCUCCUUUGUGGUGGACAUGUGUGUCCAGACGGAAAAGAUGCUCUGCUUUUCUGUCAACGGGGUGUUCAAGGAGGUGGAAGGAAUAUGUCAGGCUCGUGUUUGUGCCUUCACCCGGAUCUUCAUCGCUACCCCUGCCAGCAACUCCAGCUUAUGCAUCGUGAAUGACCAACUGUCUGUAAGGGAUGCCAGCCCCACAGUGACCCAGGGUGCCUUCUCCACCCCAGUGCCCAUACCCUCCUCCAGCUCCGUGCCCACAAUCUCCCAGGAGCAGCAAGAAAUGGUGCAGGCGUUCUCCACCCAGUCUGGGAUGAGCCUCCAGUGGCCUAAGAAGUGCCUUCAUGACAGCAACUGGGACUAUACCAGAGCCUCACAGAUUUUUCGCUCUGUCCAUAGUGAAGUCUGGGAAUUCAGGCCAACCUGUAAUCAAGGUCCUACAAGACCCCUUCAUGAAGUGAUCCACCGUCCUGACAACAAAAACUCCAAAGGAGCCAAGGUUCUGGCCAUCUUCAUCAUCCUUGUUGUUCUCCCUCUUUUCUCUGGCAUGUGA